AUGAAGACACACAGAUGGAUUUUUGGGGGGGUCAGGGAUUCUGCUCGAGUCCUGAUAUUUGGCGAUCCAGGCCUGCUGCCGCCUUGCCGGUUGCGAGACCUUCCAACGGGGUUCACGCUCCAGUGGAUUGAGCAACUCAAGAAAGUCAUGCCGGGCCCUGAUCAACCUGACGACCUCGCCGAACUCAAGAGCUUUUACACGGCUGGCAAUGACGGGGAUGCUUCCGGUUUCGACUCAGCUUUGAAGGAUAUGAUCUCGUCCUAUCAUCAUGCCUUGAAUGUGACACAUGAUGUUACAUUUUAUGAGACUGGGUUGCUGAAAGCCUAUUUGGAUAAGAAGACGAAGGGAGAGACUUUGCAGCAGCAUCUUCAGCUCAUGUGCGACCAGGGCAAGAUCACGAAGGAGCUAUGUGCUAGCAAGCAGACAGCUGUGAGUGAGCAGCUGUUGGCAGCCGUGUGUCAAAUCCAGGAGAAGAUGAAGGGCAGGGCCCAAGAGCAAGAUGAUGCACAGCUGAAAAGCGCCGAUGCAAUAUUGUUCUUCCACCAGGUAGUGAACUUCGAGGGAAGCAAAGGGCCCGACCAGGAUGCUGCACCCAACGGCGAGGGCGACACUCGAAACAACGUGCAGGAUCAAAUCGACUUGGAUUUGGCAACUUUGGAGGAGGAGUUUGAUUCCUUCCUAAUGCCUGAUCACCCUAGCCCUCCGACUGCUGUGCCUUGCAAGGUGGAAACUGCUACGAAUAUUGUGCCUCGGCCCAAUAUCUUGGAUGAGCCUCUCUUCGGUCCGGUGGUCAUCGAUGAUGAUUCCGAGGAUGACCGAAUGAAGUGCCAGGAGACCAGAACCCAGGAGACCCCAACCGAGGAGACCCCAGCCGAGAAUCCUCAACCGCACCCGAAGCCCCUCGCCUCUGCUAUCCAGACUGCUUUGCAUCGCAAGCCAACGGUGGAAUUUGAGGACCGGGGCGAAACGGAGGAAGAACGCGAGAAGAGGCUCGCCCACAACCUUUACAUGCGGUUCUAUCGCUCAGUCCGCAGUGAGAGCUGCCCCCCGGAGAUCAGCAAGAUGGCAUUGCAGAACAAGCGGAAUAGCACGGUGCUCUCCGGCCUCUUUGAUGAGUAUCUAAAGUCAGACGGGAUCUGGCUAACAAGCAGCUUGGUGACUCGUUUGAGACGUACCUCUGCAGUUGAAGCUUUGGGGGAGGAGGCCAUGGUCCCCUUCAAGCAGUUGAAGGAGGAACAUGGCUUGCAAGUGGCAAAGCAAAUGCGGCACCAGAAGAGGCAGCUGCAGGCAAAAGCCAAGCCGACAGACCCGCCUUUCUGCAUGGACCAUCCCGACAUGCCAGGUGACGAAGACUGGGAGCUUAUCAGAGUUUGGCGGGCGACCACUUUCAAGAAGAAGACUUGCGAGGAAAACCAGCAGGAACUGGAGGCUUCUGUUGAGCUCGAUGCCAACCAAACGAAGGAUAUGAUGUCACAGGGAGGCUUCAAGGUCUUGCCCGCUCCCCGUGAUGCGACCGAGCCGCUGCCGAGCAACAAAAACGACCCCAAGCCUCGCACAAAGGCUGCUGUCGGACGCAGCAAGCUCAAGGAGAUCGAGAACAAGGAGGGUGAGUGUAAGACGCUCCUUUCAGAUGUGGAAACCUCCACACUCUUGUCGACGCAUCUCCGUGAUGGGUAUGUCAAUGAGCUACGGGCACACUUGACGAAGCUGACUGAAAUGCAGAAGGCCCUCUCGGACGCCAUUGAUGCCAAUGAUGACUCCCAGAUCAGCCAACAGGUUCAGGAUGCUUCGAAGGCGAUUUCAAACAUGACGAAAGGUGCUUUCAAGACGAUUAAGCCGCAGCUAGUUGAGAAACCCGCCAAGCAGAACAAAGGCUCAGGUGCCGCGAAGAGCAAGACGACGAAGCGGAAGGGCAAGUGUGAGCCUCAGCGACCUGGUCCUAUGGUGAACUUUUUGCUUCAAGAAGCUGGUCGUGGUGACAUGAGCUACACCAAAGUCCGAAGGGUGGCACAGGUGAUGAAGAAGGAAUUUCCAGGGGUCCUUGUGCUGAUCUUCACGGUAGUAGCAGUCGAUAUUGCCGAACCUGUCCAGGAGCUGAAAGCCACGUAUGGCAUUCAAGAGAUGCAAGGGGGUCUCUACGGAGACGAUGCCCAGUAUGAUAAGAACCAAAACAAACUCAUCAUCGUGACCCUCAACGACGUGCUGAACCCGGCAUCGCACUCGAUGCAAUCUGCCUUCCCGCUUUUCGUUCUGAGAGAAAUUGCAAUCUCCUUCAACAUCCUCUUCCACGGCAAGUGCCCGGGAACCCCGCUACAUCUGCUGACGAAUUACAACGAGGAGGUGUGGCACAACGAGGUUCUGCCGAACCUUACUGAGGACCCUUUGGCCUCCGUCAACAGCAUGCCGCUCCGAGCCAGCCUGGCUGAGAUUCGCGGGGAUUGGAAGUUUAUCAAGGCCAUGUUCAACAUGAACGUGGGGUGGCAAUGCCGCUUCCUUUGCUUCCAUUGUCAUGUGACCAACAAGAAUUAUUUGCAAUUCCCGGCGAACCUGCAAGAGGACGUCCCACUAUGGGGUGGCCACGACGAGGGAUUGCCGCAGAGGCUGCAGAGGGCCUACCAGGAGUUCCUUUCCUGGGCAAGGGCUCGGGGCAUCCAGCACUCCCAACCUCCAUUCAAGACGAAUUUCUUUCGUGGGGGAGCCGAAGACUACCACGCCAUGGCUGCCAAGGGCUACAACGUGUACCACCUUGCUGAGAUGAUGAAUGUUGUCGAAUCGAGCCCUCGUUGCUUGGACAUCAACACAGCGACCCGGAUCCGGCAACUCGUGGAUCGCUCCACCAAGAGCUAUGCAUUGCUUGCAAUGGAUGCUUUGCAAAAGGGCAAGCUCAACUGGCCCUUGAAGCCGAAGCUUCACGAGUCCCGCCGCGCUGCAGUUGCCAACGAGGCGAUCCUCGCAGACUCGCCGCUGAGGGAUGCCACAGGGAUCAUGGACAAGAUUGGCCGCUACCUGAAACCGGCCUCCACAACACUGGGCUUCGUGCCUCACACGACGACGCAGGGCCCAAACGCCUCCAAACUGGAAGCGCCCAUGAAGGCGAAGCCAGGUGAGUGCCUGGACAACUGCAACGGACACGGCAGCUGUGCCAAUGGAGUCUGCAGUUGCGGUGCCGGUUGGACAGGAGAGGCCUGCGACAUCGUAACCUGCCCGAGCAACUGCAACUCUCGAGGCUCCUGCAUAGGCGGUUCUUGCGCCUGCAACUUCGCCUUCUAUGGUGCUGCAUGCGAGUAUCCGCGCUGCAAGAAUGACUGCAACGGUCACGGCUACUGCGACAGCGGCAAGUGCGUUUGCAAUGCUGGCUACCACGGAGCAGCUUGCGACGAGUUCAAGGAACCCCAGCCGGUCACACCGGCAGUCGUCUCGGUCGAACCGAGCAAGGAGGCCGCGGAGCGAGUGUCUUCGUUUGGGGAGAAGGUGCGCAGCAUUGCUCCGCCCAGUUGUCCAGAGGACUGCAACCAGCGUGGCAGGUGUGAGCUGGACGGAACCUGUACGUGCAUCGCCAACUAUACUGGACUGGCUUGCGAGCACCACUGCCCUAGUUCCUGCAAUGGCCAGGGCACAUGCACCGGAGGUCAGGGCGGGGGUGGACACGGUUCAGAGCACCGUUGA